AGUGUCUGUGUGUGUGUUUGUGUGUGUUGACCUGAACGUUGACCGACAGCAUGAACACAGUGAUGGGUCUUUUGCACGGAGCUCUGCUGCUGCUGCUGUUGUGUCAUCUGAGCAUCACGACAUCAGUGAUGCUCGCUCCACCUGGCCAGGUGAGGUUUGACUCUGUGGACUAUAUGAAUAUUCUGCGCUGGACUCCAUCCGCCAGUAACAUGUCUCUGCGUUACUACAUCCAGUGGAAGAUUUACGGGGAGCCUCAGUGGUUGGACGUAAGCGGCUGUCAGGGCAUCAAGAAGCACCAGUGUAACCUCACUGGGCUGACCUCUGACCCCACAGAAUGGUACUAUGCCAGAGUGCACGCUGACUCUCUUUCCUCCACCAAGUCAGCCUGGACUCUCUCCCGCAGAUUCAAUCCACGCUGGGACACCAAAAUCAGUUCUCCUGUUCUGAGGCUGAACGUCACCGAGCACGGGAUUGUGGUGCGUGUGAAGUCUCCUCGACUGCUGGUCCGCAAGAUGCACAACAGUCUGCUCUACAAGAUCUACCUCAUACACACCAGCGGAGAGGAGGAGGUGUUUGAGAUGGACUGCUGCUCCAAGAAACUCACUCUACAGGAGCUGAGCCACAAGACAAAGUACUGUCUCCAGGCCCAGACCACCAUCUCCUUCCCACCCAAGAGUAGCACUCGUAGCACUCAGGAGUGUGUCACUACACUCUGAUCACACAGCAGUGUCUUUUCCAUUUUCUUCCCUUCGCUGUGGAGAGCAUCCCAGAAUGAGUGGACUUGUCUUCCAUCAGUUUCCAGUUCAGUCCAUCGCUGCCUCGACAGCUGCAGACAUACAGUGAUGCAUUUUACUUACUUACAAGCAUUAAGAAACUCAAGAUCUGCUAUUUUAUUUUGUUCUAUCAUUAUUAUUAUUAUUAUUGUAGAGUUUUUUAUCUGCAGUGACGAGUGAACCCUGCUUGUGCAAUUUUACUUCCAAACACACACAAUGUCCUCAUAUUUAAGGUAACAAUCUUCUGACACUACAUUCAUCUCCAUAUUUAUAGCUUGACGUCUACAUUGUCACUGUAAAGCUACAGUAAGUGAUACACGAGCCUUGUUAUGUCUGCAGAUUUUCUCUCUUUCACACGAUCAAAUGUAGUUUGCAUUACACGGUUCAUUUUUUCCCUCUAGUGCAGUUAUGUAAAAAGCUGCUUUAUAGCUAAUGGAGUCCAGCAUUACUGUGAAGAAGUGAGAUAACACUACUCAGACUUUAUCUUAGCCAAAUGUUAUUGUUGUUGAGUGUGCCACGUUACAAAUAAAAAGCCGCGGGUACUUUCCGCACUCUCCA